UAAUAGAAAAGUUAAAAUAAUAAAUUUGUGAAAAAUGGCAAAUGAAAAAGAUAAGUCACAAUUACUAAAUACUGGUGAUAAUGAAUUAACGUUAGGUGAUAAAAAAUCGUAUGCUGGCAUACCUGAAGCAGAAUUUGUUGAUGAUGUCGAUGCAUUUAUGGCAAAACCGGAGAAUGAUGGUAAUGUUGAUAAAGUAUUAAAAAAAUUAGAUGAACAACAUUCAAAGUAUAAAUUUAUGGAGUAUAAUUUAAAUUCAAAACGUCGUCGUUUACGUGUACAAAUACCCGAUUUAAAACGAUCUUUAGAUAUGAUACAUAAGUUAAAAAAUCAACAGGAUGAUGUUGAAACUGAAUUCUUAUUAAGUGAACAAGUGUUUAUUAAAGCUAGAAUACCACCUACCAAAAGUGUAUGUUUAUGGUUGGGUGCCAAUGUUAUGUUGGAAUAUACGUUGGAAGAUGCUGAACAAUUAUUAUCAAGUAAUAUGAAGGCAGCUACAAGGAAUUUAGCUUAUGUUGAACAUGAUUUAGAUUUCUUAAGGGAUCAAUUUACAACAACUGAAGUGAACAUGGCUCGUGUAUUUAAUUGGGAUGUUAAACGGCGACAAUCAACACGUCAAGGUCCAACACCAUCGUCCACUUAACCAAACCAAUCAAAAACAAAAUAUAUAAUUUAUGUUCGCGUCAUUUAUUAAUUAAUUUUAUAUUG